AUGGAAGAAGGAAGUGAUCUAAAUGAGACGAGUGACAAAACCAAUAAGUCGACUAGCAAAUCGUCACUCACCAAGUCAAACAAACAAAAGCAGCAAAGGUUUCAAGAAGAAACACUGAGCGAAGGAUCUAAGCGUCAACUGGGAAGAACGGAAGAAGAAAGUGAUCCAAAUGAGACGAGUGACAAGACCAAUAAGUCGACUAGCAAAUCGUCACCCAUCAAGUUGAUUCUCAAAUCUGCAAAGUCGACUAAACUGACUCAAGAAGAGUCUGACGAUAAGGUUAUAGAAAUUGAACCGCCAAAUAUUUCUAAUAAAGUGGUUAAAGACGAUCAAGGUAAUGAAAAGGUGAUCGAUAACGAUGAUACUGAUUUAGAAGCAGAAAAUCUAAAAUUAAAGAAACAAAUUAAUGAAGUACAAUCCGAGCGAUACGAGAAAGAAUCAGAGGAAGAACAGUCUGGUUCUAACAAUAAUGAUGAGUACGACGAAAAAGAAGCUAGAGCUGAAAUGAAGUCUAUUUUGAAAACCAUCGAUGAAACUCGAAGACUAGAUUACAAUGAAAUGUUCAAUAGCGCGAAAAAUCUCAAGAUUCGUCAUAAGCUAGUCCCUGAAUUGCGUUCAGCCCUUGCUCUGUAUUUUCCCGCUUCAAAUAAGCAACUUCCAAAAUGGUUGGGUUGUCUUCACAAGUCUCUUCGUUUUCAUCAAAGAUUAAUGAAUAGGAGAAAAGCCGAUGAAAAUAAACACCGGGUGCACUCAAACAAUCGAGUAUACGAUGUUACGGCAAAGAGGUCAUAUAGAUUUGACGAUGAACGGAUAACAAAAUAUGAUAAGCGUAGAUUACUAAAGAUGUUAUCCAAUCGCUUAUUUCAUUCUCCAGAAAUAAGCGAGACAGACGAAGAAGACCCAACAAAGUCCAUAAUCGCUAUUUACGACUAUUCGUGGAAAUCUGAUGAGGUUAGAACUUCUGAAUCUUGA